AUGAAAAAGCCAGCUGCGAAAGCGGUGCUAAAGAAGGCGAAGGCGAAGGCUACGGCGACCAAUGUUAGCUGGAUGAAGCUGGUGCCAGAUCUACACUUUGACAAAGAGCAUCAGUUUGACUGGGACCGUGUCCACUUCCGUGGCCAUGAUGCCUAUGGUGGUGGAAAGGAUGGUACCGGUGAUGAAGAUUUGUGGAUGAAAGCUGAUCUUCACUUUGGCUCUUUCCAGAUGCCACAGAAGUGUACCAAAUCCAAGAAGAAGAGGAGCAAGCCCUCGAAAAGCGUGUACUGGAAGUUGAAACCAAAUGAGGGUGUUGAGUUCCAGGAGUGUGGACUUUCGGUGAAGGCGAUGAAGCUGAAGAAAGCCCUCAAAGAGCUUGACUCCUUCGUGAAGAUUAAGCCGCAAGAUUUGGAUCAACGCUGCCGCUACUCUAUCCUCGACCUUCGCAAAAGCCUGGAACAAUCCACGAGGCUUUGCGGGGAGUUCGGAGCAACUGCUUCCCAGAUCAAGAGCGACCUGGACACCGAGAAGCACAGGAUGUGCACGGUGAUGCUGCAGAGAUCCUACAACGAGCAGCGCAGUGGAUAUAUAUGGGGCGAAGAGAAUCCGAAGCAGCAAGUUGAAGAUCUCCAGGCUCAACAGAGAAAGGCCAAGGAUCCACAAGAGCAUGUCUCAAUCCGAAGGAAGAUCAAGGAGCUGAAAGAAGACUGGAGGACAGAUUGCAGCAAUAGCUGCUUUCGACGGCAUGAUGUCUUCUGCCUCUACCUUGCAAAGCCAAAUGCUAAGAAGGCCUUCGCCAGAGUGACAUGUUCCAUCAAGAUCUUCCGAGAGUGCAGUGUGGUGGACCCGUUUACUGGCAAGCUCACCUGCUGUUGA